UGUCACAGUCUAGCUUCAUGUACAAACACUGUUGGAUCCUUCAGUUGUUCGUGUAACCAUCCUUACACUGGAGAUGGAAAAACGUGCAGGCUCGCGGCAGAAUGUCAAAACUACCAAACCUUAAAUAGUGCGGACAGAAAGACAAACUACUUUAACAGCCAGUCAUGUGACAAUGGACUUCGAGGUUGGUAUCGUUUCCAGGGAGCAGCGGGCUCAAGAAUGCCUACUUCAUGUCCACCUACAAGCAAGUGUAACGCUCCUGCACCCGGCUGGUUAAAUGGUGCUCAUCCUGCAGUGCCUGAUGGCAAAGUCACCAGGAAGGUCUGCUUUCACUGGAGUUCAAACUGUUGUAACUGGUCCACCAACAUUGAAGUCAGAAACUGCAGCUCUUUCUAUGUGUAUUACUUCAAUGGUACACCGAGCUGUUAUCUCCGCUAUUGUGGCACUGACUAAGUCAAAAAAUAUAGUUCUUGCAUUACGUAGUGAGUAAACCUCAAAUUUCUACCAAAAAAAGAAAAGACGAUUAGAAGUGAUUCGGGAAAGUUGAUACUUCUGUCCUCCUUAGCUAUAAGAAAAGAAACAAUUUCUCUAUCUUUGUCUAGUUUAAGGCGAUUCACAUUAAUUGUAAUUGUUAUCCGAGACUGAGAAUUCCUGCACUAGAAUAAUUAUUAGUAAACUUAGAUGUUAUAAAACUUGAAACUUUACAAUUUUCAGUUCCAUUUAAUGUGGAAUAUUUAAAGCUAGUUAAUCCAUGACAUGGUCAUUUGAGGUUUACUGAUGGCAUAUAAUCAGUUUUGUUAGAAGUGCACGGUUCAUAACUUGUUACUCAGACUUCCUUAAAAAAAAAAACAAACAAACAAAGAAAUAGAAGGUAGUUAAUCAUUAGUCUACGGUACUUUAAUCAUGUUGUUAAUAUACCCAAGGUUUCGACAGCCACCAUAUUUCGUAUUCGCUUUUUGCGUAGUUUCUUCGCAUUGAUGAUUCACAAGUUUAAUAAUCCAGGUAGAACUGAACAUCUGCAACACUAUAUAUAAUUGAUUAAGUACAACGGUAGUGUAACUUACUGACUUGAAGCUUCCAUCGAAUGAUCCCUUCCGUAUUCCCGCGGAAUAAGUAUCACUCAGUGUUUCUGGACUAUCGUCACUCACGACACAAAAGGGAAGACUUCAAAUGAGAUUCCGUAUUACUUUACUUUUACUGUGAAAUAAUACCAUACAUCAUGAUUAUGCGUGUUCCUUUUCAUUAGCCGGUGUGCUCAGAUUGAGUCCGCGCUCCACGAUCGAUUUGAAGCGGUUAAAAUAGGUUCAUGUGACUUAAAAGUGGUCGAUGAAAAGAGCGGAUAGGCUUACUGCUGUAGAGAACGUUAAAGCACAAAACUUUGAAAUAUCGCUAGAGGUAAAAUACAAGUUGUUGUAAGAUUCAUAGCUUUAUUGAUGAAAUAGAUUGAGUAACUUAAAUAAAGAAUCCUUCAGAAGACUGUCA